AUGGAAUCAGUAAGAGAUAAGCGGAGAUUUCCGCUACAUGGCAUCGUGGCUGUCGCGCUUAAUGCUACACACAGCCCUCACUCCAUCGCACGACAACGCGAGCGGGCACACGAACUAGCACAGAAACAACGAGCAGCGGUGACUCAAACUCUAUUAGCGCGCUUUGGAAAAGAAGGGCCUUACCAUGGUCAUCGAUUGCCUACGAGCGAUACGAGAGUCAUCAUUCGCGUAUCUCGUCUCCUGCAAGACAAUGCAUUAACAGAGAACCAAGUGACCAUUAUUAUCGCAGCCAUAGCUAAGAAACAAGUGGCUGAGGCAGCUACAACGGGGACCGUACGCUCGCGUACGGCACUACAGCCAAAUUUCGCUCACAAAUUUCGACUCGGGAUCUAUCAGAAGAGUCAAGUUCGACGUCGCGCUCGCCGAGCUCUUCUCGUGAGUGCUGGACUGUGUCAGGGGGUCUUUCUGCGUCAGCACAGAUAG